CUACUACUACUCUAUUCUCUUCUCUCCAUAUACAUCUAUCUAUCAGCAAGUCAGAGUCAGAAGAGUGUCAGCAUUGAAUGCACUGCCACCGGCCACUAUCUGUCAUCCGUACUAUCAUUCACCCUCUAUUCCCGGUCAAUCUUUCUCCCCAAGCCUCACAACUUUGAAAUAAUAUAAUAAAUAUCUAUCUCUAUUACUGAUCAUACCACAAUACACAACUUAAAAAAAAGUUUUAAUUAGUCCAAAACCAACACCGGCCAAAACACUCUCGAUCUGUGAGUUUUACAUGCAACUAUAUAUAUAUAGUGUUUUGAGUGUUUGUUUGUUGAGAUAACAAACAUAUGGAUAGCAAAGAGCUCAUGAUGACGAUGAUGAUAAAAAUGGAAAAUAAUAAUACCACUACUUGUGACCCAUUAUUAUUUUCAUCACUGCAGCAGGGUGUUACUGGUUUCGAUGAUAGCUGCAGUAGUAGUUAUAAGCAGGGUGUUUCUGGGUUCAUGGAUUUACUGGGCUUUCAAGAUUUUUCUUCUUAUUAUUCACCGGUCUUUGAUAUUAAUCAGCUGAUGAUGUCACAACCCCCCAUGGAAAUGGUUGUGGCCACGUCAUCAGCUCAUGACGACGACGAUGAAGAAGAUAAUCUGAAGAAGAAGAAAGAAGAAGAGGAUGUGAAUGAUGAAGAAGAAACGACGUCAACAUCAGUUGUGUUAAAUGGGCAGCAACCGUCAUCACCAAACUCUUGUUCCAUCUCUUCAUCUCAUCAACAACCACUACUACUACACAAACCUUCCGUCAAACAGGGCAUGAAAGGGAAGAAAGCAUUGGAUGAUGGAGAUGAGAGAAAACCAAAGGCAAAGAAGAAGAAAGAAAGGGAAGCAAGAUUUGCAUUCAUGACAAGGAGUGAGAUUGACCAUCUUGAUGAUGGUUAUCGAUGGCGCAAGUAUGGCCAAAAAGCUGUCAAGAACAGCCAUUUCCCAAGGAGCUACUACAGGUGCACAAGUGCAUCAUGUAAUGUGAAGAAGAGGGUGGAGAGGUGUAUGGGUGAUCCAUCCUACGUCGUCACCACCUACGAAGGCCAACACAUUCAUCCAGCGUCGGUCGGGACUCAUACUUCCAACGCCUACUCCUUUGAUCAUCUCAUUAAUCCCGCCAUUACCACCAAUGCUACUAAUUAUGCCAACACACCACAUGCUAUGAUGAAGCUAGAGCAAGGAGCAGGACUUCUUCAGGAUAUGCUGCAUUUUCCUCAAUGAUAUAUAUAUAUAUAUAUAUGGUUAUCUUUAAUUUUAUCUAUCUAUGAAAUUAAAGUAUCCAAAUGCUAACUGUUAUGUAUAUAUAGUAUAUUGAAGACCCUAUAUGUACGUUAGUUUAAUUUACUUUAAUCUCAAUGUUUUAUUGUGUA